ACCCGCUUCACUGGUGGCGCAACCAUACCGGAGCGGCGGAGAAUCAGCGGAGCAGCUAUGACCACAUCGAACGUCGGCGGUACCGACGAUCGCAUUGCUCGGAUCGCCUCCACUAUUCGGGUCAUACCUGAUUUCCCCAAACCUGGGAUUUUGUUUCAGGAUAUAACGACGUUGCUGCUUGAUCCUAAGGCGUUUAAGGAUACCAUCGAUUUGUUUGUUGAGAGAUAUAAAGAUAAAAAUAUUAAUGUUAUUGCGGGCAUUGAAGCAAGAGGUUUUAUAUUCGGUCCUCCGAUUGCAUUGGCUAUUGGUGCAAAAUUUGUUCCAAUGAGAAAGCCCAAAAAACUACCUGGGGAGGUAAUAUCAGAAGAGUACUCUUUGGAGUAUGGAACUGACAUAAUGGAGAUGCAUGUUGGAGCUGUACAACCUGGUGAAAAUGCAGUUAUAGUAGAUGAUCUUAUUGCUACAGGGGGUACCUUAAAUGCUGCAAUAAGCUUGCUUGGACGUGUUGGGGCCACUGUGGUUGAGUGUGCUUGUGUCAUUGAAUUGAAGGAACUGAAGGGUCGGGAGAAAUUAGGGGACAACCCGCUGUUUGUUCUCGUGAGCGAGACUUGAGGUAAGAAAGAAUGCUGCCUUGCCCCACACAUAACUACUGUAUUUGCUAUAUUCCUACAAGAAAUACCAGAGGCUGUGCCUAAUUCUAUGUGCUCACGAAAUACUCUUAUUUGGGUUGAUAUGAAAAUAUUGGGCCAUUUAAAUAUGUAAAAUAUUUUGAAGAUUGCAGUCCACGAAGGUGACAUGGUUUUCGAAGAUGAGAUUUUCUUAA